CGCCCCACGAAUCAGUACUCCCCACCGAAGCUCCCGCCCCGCCCGGCCCCCGAAACCUAGCCGCCACGCGAAGCACCCCCGCGCCGGCGAGGCCGCCGCCCCCGGCAGGGGCCUGCGCGCCAUGCUCCCGUCCAAGAGGCCGUCCGACGCCGCAGCGGCGGGGGACGAAAGCGGCGGCCGCGGAGGGGACGCCAAGAGGCCCAAGCUCGACGCAGGCGGCGGCGGGGGCCCGAACGGGGCCGCGCCGCAGGAGAUCGACGAGGACCUCCACAGCAGGCAGCUCGCCGUGUACGGGAGGGAGACCAUGCGGCGCCUCUUCGCCUCCGACGUCCUCGUCUCCGGGCUCAACGGCCUCGGCGCUGAAACCGCAAAGAAUCUUGCCCUUGCUGGAGUCAAGUCUGUCACUAUACAUGAUGUGAAAAAUGUGGAGAUGUGGGACUUGUCUGGCAAUUUCUUUUUAUCUGAGGAUGACAUUGGGAAGAACAGGGCCGCUGCUUGUGUAGCAAAGCUGCAGGAGCUGAACAAUGCUGUUCUUAUCUCAGCUCUAACAGAAGAACUAACGACGGAGCACCUGUCUAAGUUCCAGGCUGUUGUUUUCACUGAUAUAGGUUUAGACAAGGCUUAUGAAUUUGAUGAGUAUUGUCACAACCACCAGCCUCCUAUUUCCUUCAUCAAAUCUGAAGUCUGUGGCCUUUUCGGUAGUGUCUUUUGUGACUUUGGACCAAAGUUUACUGUUCUUGAUGUUGAUGGUGAAGAUCCACAUACUGGUAUAAUUGCAUCCAUCAGCAAUGAUAACCCUGCACUGAUAUCCUGUGUUGAUGAUGAACGGCUUGAGUUCCAAGAUGGUGAUCUUGUUGUUUUCUCUGAGGUCCAUGGUAUGACAGAACUGAAUGAUGGAAAACCAAGGAAGGUUAAAAAUGCAAGGCCGUUUUCAUUUAGCAUCGAGGAGGACACAAGUAACUUUGGCACUUACGUAAAAGGUGGAAUUGUCACACAGGUGAAAGAACCAAAGGUGCUAUGUUUCAAGGCACUAAGAGAUGCCAUGACAGAUCCUGGAGAUUUUCUUCUGAGUGACUUCUCAAAGUUUGAGCGCCCCCCUGUGCUUCACCUGGCAUUUCAAGCUCUGGACAAAUUUAAGAAAGACCAUGGACGCUGCCCUGCUGCUGGUUGUGAGCAGGAUGCUCAAAGUUUUCUGAAGAUUGCUGCUGCUAUUAAUGAAACUUCAGCUGAUCGCAAGCUGGACACUAUUGAUGAGAAACUAUUCCAACAGUUUGCAAGUGGUUCUCGAGCUGUUUUGAACCCUAUGGCUGCGAUGUUUGGUGGUAUUGUUGGUCAAGAAGUUGUGAAGGCUUGUUCAGGGAAGUUCCAUCCUCUCAACCAGUUCUUCUACUUUGACUCUGUUGAAUCCCUGCCAACAUAUCCGUUGGAACCCCAAGACUUGAAGCCAUCAAACAGCCGCUAUGAUGCUCAGGUCUCUGUGUUUGGUUCCAAGCUUCAGAAGAAAAUGGAGGAGGCUAAUACUUUUGUUGUAGGGUCUGGUGCUCUUGGAUGUGAAUUCCUGAAAAAUCUUGCGUUAAUGGGAGUGUCUUGUAGCAGCAAGGGAAAGUUAACCAUAACAGAUGAUGAUAUCAUUGAGAAAAGUAAUUUAAGCCGUCAAUUCUUGUUCCGUGACUGGAAUAUUGGACAGGCAAAGUCUACUGUGGCUGCUACAGCCGCCAGUGCUAUCAACCCCAGCCUUCACAUUGAUGCUCUCCAGAACCGUGCCUGUCCAGAUACCGAGAAUGUCUUCCAUGACACAUUCUGGGAGGGCCUAGAUGUUGUCAUCAAUGCACUUGAUAAUGUCAAUGCCAGGAUGUAUAUGGACAUGAGGUGCCUGUACUUCCAGAAGCCACUACUGGAGUCAGGUACAUUGGGUGCAAAGUGCAAUACUCAAAUGGUGAUUCCUCACCUUACUGAAAACUAUGGGGCUUCAAGAGAUCCUCCUGAGAAGCAGGCACCUAUGUGCACAGUCCAUUCGUUUCCACACAACAUUGAUCACUGCUUGACAUGGGCUCGUUCAGAGUUUGAGGGUUUGCUGGAGAAAACGCCAAAUGAAGUGAACUCUUUUCUGUCUAACCCUGCUCAAUAUGCUGCUGCAAUGAGGAAGGCAGGUGAUGCUCAAGCAAGAGAAUUGCUUGAACGUGUCUCUGAGUGUCUUAACAAGGACCGGUGCAGUACAUUUGAUGAUUGCAUAAGCUGGGCCCGACUGAAAUUUGAGGAUUAUUUCUCUAACCGCGUGAAGCAGCUCACAUUCACUUUUCCUGAAGAUGCUGCCACUAGUAUGGGUGCUUCUUUUUGGUCUGCCCCCAAGCGCUUCCCCCGUGCACUGCAGUUUUCAGCUGCUGAUCAGUCUCACCUUAACUUCAUUAUGUCUGCUUCGAUAUUGAGAGCGGAGUCAUUUGGGGUUGCUAUACCUGAAUGGGCAAAGGAUACUAGUAAGCUGGCUGAUGUAGUAAAGAAGAUUGCAGUUCCUACAUUCGAGCCAAAGCAGGGGGUUAAUAUUGUGACAGAUGAGAAGGCAUCGAAUCUUUCCAGCACCUCAGUUGACGAUGUCGCUGUUAUUGAAGAUCUUCUGGCUAAGUUGCAAGAAUAUGCCAAGAGGCUACCUCCAGGAUUCCAAAUGAAACCUAUCCAAUUUGAGAAGGAUGACGACACCAACUUUCACAUGGAUCUAAUAUCCGGGCUAGCAAACAUGCGUGCAAGGAACUACAGCAUCCCAGAAGUCGACAAGCUGAAGGCCAAGUUCAUCGCAGGCAGGAUCAUCCCAGCCAUCGCAACCUCAACCGCAAUGGCCACAGGGCUCGUGUGCCUCGAGCUGUACAAGGUCAUCGCCGGUGAGCACCCCGUCGAGGACUACCGCAACACAUUCGCGAACCUGGCCCUGCCCCUCUUCUCGAUGGCCGAGCCAGUUCCACCGAAGGUCAUGAAGCACAAGGAGACGAGCUGGACCGUGUGGGACCGGUGGUCCGUCAAGGGCAACCUCACCCUGGCUGAGCUCCUGCAGUGGUUCGCCGACAAGGGCCUCACCGCCUACAGCAUCUCCUGCGGCACCUCCCUGCUGUACAACAACAUGUUUGCGAGGCACAAGGACAGGCUGACCAAGAAGGUGAUCGACAUCGCCAAAGAGGUGGCCAAGGUGGACGUCCCCGAGUACCGGAGGCACCUGGACAUCGGCGUGGCCUGCGAGGACGAGGACGAGAACGACGUCGAUAUCCCUCUCGUCUCGGUUUACUUCCGCUAGUCGGUCCUCGAGAUAAAACUUUCUGCAUCAUCCCUAGGCCUGCUCUUCUCCAAAACUAGCAAGAUAAAAAACCUUGCAUCAUCAUCCUCGGGCCUGCUCUCAAAGACUAGCUUUGCUAAAUCCCUGAUGUAGUCAAGCCGCCGCUCUCGCGCUGAUCGAUCUAUCAUAUCAUGGUUACCUCAAGAUGUUCUCUCCUUGUGGUACACUGGUCCUGCAGCUAUUUGCUCGUUGGUCGCAUUCAGAUAGUUGGGAGGAAUGAACAAAGGACACAUCGGUUACGGUUAA